AUGACUAUAGGCCCAAUAAGCGACCAGAACAACCAGACAAUUGCCUUCCUCGAGAAUGAAGAGUUCCCAGAAGCCAUCCAAUCGUCGUCGUACGCUCUGAGGUAUCAGCGAGGCCUCCUGCUCGACGAGGAUACAUCGGCGAAUCCCAACAAUUCAAACACGGAACCAAGCUCCCAGCGAGUGGACGAUUGCAUGGUCGUUUGUCACGAACUCGAUGGAUUUGGAUCAAAUUCAGCUCAUUCAUUCAUCUACCGCCAUGGUAUCCCCAUUCCUUCAACAAUGAACGAUCAUAAAAUUAUUGCUGCCAUUCUCAUCUUCAACACUGCUCUAGCGUACCACCUCUCCGCUAUAUCUCAAAGGGGAACGGCCACUGCUGAGAAGUUACUUGUCAAUGCCAAGCAGCUAUAUGAGCUGAUAAUCCAUUGUAGACAGCAUAUAUCGCUGGAUGAUAAUGUGAUGUUUCAGUUUGCUGUGAUCAACAAUAUUGCGGUAAUUACCCGAGACCAGGGCAAUGUUGCGGAAUCAAACAGGCAGUUUGAUUUCUUGAUGGCUCUGGUGAAUGGACUGAGGAUUCAAAACGCAGCGUGA